GCCAGCCAGCAGAACUGUAACAGACGACGGGGAGUUAAGCUCAGGCUGUAAGUACGAACGAACGCGUCAACCGAGUGUCGUGUGAUGUGCUUUCGGUAGUGAAUAUUUUUUCUUCUAGGGGGCUCGAUGGAUUUUAGAUGGAUUUUGAUUAUCGCCCUGCUUAGCGUCAGAGAUACAUUUUGUGAAACUUUUGCCAGUGUACCAUCGGCGUCUAUAGCUCCAUCGGAGGUGGAUUGUCAACCAUACGUAGAGAAAGCCAUCAAAGAAUUAGUUACUCCAGAACCUAUUGGAAGUACAGGACGCGACCAAAACAUUCAGAAUGAAAUCCCCACAAGUGGAAGCACUCCAAAUGAUGAUGUUACAAGCUCGAGUUCUCAAGAUGGUAAUUCUCCGGAUGAUAGCAGAUCGAGUACACCACCCGAACCGGAAAAGUUCAAAAAAGAAGAAGAAACAACCAGAGACGAAGUAAAUUUAAGUGAAGGUGUUAGUGAAAUAAAUGAAAUUGAAAAUAAUGUUAAUGCAGUAAUUGAUGCAGAAGAAAUCCAUCCACUUGAAAUAACUGAAAAAAAUCAAACAUAUAAAACUGAAGAAGAAGAUAGUGAGAUUGAAAUCGUUAGCGAAGAAGAAGAAAAUCUGGAAAAUAAUAAUAUAAGUGCCAUAGGAAAUGAAAUAAUAGAACCUGAAAAAGAAACUUUACCCAUUAUUUUGGACAAAGAUGUACUUAACAAUAACGUUGAAAUUAUAAUUGAUGUUGAGGAUAUAAAAAUUAAAAAUGCUGAUAAAAUAGUAGAACCUAUUGUGACUAAGAUACAAGUAGAAAAAACAAUAGAAACUACUAAUGUUGACAAUAAAAUGGAAACCCCUAAACAGUUAUUUAAAGGAACAAAAAAAAGGAACCCAAAAUAUUGGAAGUUUGAUCCAGACGAUGAACCUGAAAAUUCUGUUCCAAUUGUAAAACAAAAACCAAAAAGAAAUCUAAAAUACUGGAAAAUUGAUCCUGAUGAAUUUCCACUUGAACAGACACCAAAACCAGUUGAAACUCCGAAAUUACGUAAUCCUAAAUAUUGGAAAAUCGAUCCAGAAGAAGAAAAAUUGUUCAAGCUAGCGGAAGCUAAAAAGACUGAAGAAAAAAUAAAACCAGUUCCUCAGAAACAAAAAAGAAACCCUAAGUACUGGAAGUUUGAUCCAGAUGAAGAGAAAAUAGAAGUAGAUAACGAAAAACAUUCGAUAAUUGAUAAUACAUCAAAACAAAGUUCAAAUCAAAUUUUCAAAGGAACUAAAAAACGAAAUCCAAAAUAUUGGAAAUUUGAUCCAGAUGAAUAUGAAGACGAAAUAAAAAAAGAACCAGUAGCUAAAGUUAAGAGAAACCCUAAAUACUGGAAAUUUGAUCCCGACAACGAGCAUGAUGAACCUAAAAAAAUUGAUGAAGAAAAUAAAAUGGAAAAGGAUACGCAUAAAAAAAAUAAAUAUUGGAAAUUGGACGAACUAAUUGAAGACAUAAAAAUAAUAGACAAUAAAGAAGAAGACAAACCAAAACAGAACAAGUAUUGGAAAACAAAUGAAUCAACUAAGGAUACCAAAAAAAUUGAUCAAAAAGAAGAAGACAAAUCAAAACAGAACAACAAGUAUUGGAAAACAAAUGAACCAAAUGAGGAUACAAAAACAAUAGAUCCAAAAGACGAAGAAAAACCAAAAAAGAAUAAAUAUUGGAAAACGGAAGAAGUUGAAAAUAUUAUACCCAAUGAAAAUAUAAAACAAGAAGAACCAAUCGCAAAAAAAAAUAAAUAUUGGAAAGCAGAAGAAACGGAAAAACAAAAAGAAGUGAAAGAUGAAGAAACAUCUAAAAAAAAUAAAUAUUGGAAUACAGACGAAAAACCCGUAGACCCAGUAAAAGAAAAAUUAAUAGAAACUCAAAGAAGUAUGUAUUGGAAACUAGACGAAGAAGAAAAAUCAUCAAAAUGGGAAAAACAAACUAAAAAAGAAAAUGUUAAAACUACAGAAGAUGAAGUCACUGUUGAAGAAUACUUGCCAGAAGAAGAUUUAACAAUGGACGAAGUGGUACCAAAGAAUCUUCGAAAUAAAAGUCAUAUAAAACAAACCUUAAAAAUAGGUGAAAAUACUGCACAGCAUGAUAGUUUUCUAUCAAAAGUUGUAGAUUCGACAUUAAAAGAACUAAAAAAAGUAUAUGAAGUGGCAAUUAAACCUUUGGAAAUGACUUUCAAGUACAGAGAUCUGAGUAACAGACAUUUCGGAGAGCCAGAAAUAUUCUCUAAGCCACUCAUUCUGUUUAUGGGACCUUGGAGUGGUGGUAAAUCUUCAAUAGUUAAUUAUCUUUUAGACAUUGAACAUUCUCAAUUUGCAUUAAGAACUGGAGCGGAACCAUCUCCAGCAUAUUUCAACAUUAUGAUGUACAAUAACCGCGAAGCGAUUCUUGACGGAACGCAAUUAGCGGCAGACUGGACGUUCUCGGGUCUUCAGAAAUUUGGACAGGGUCUGUUGGACAAGCUCCGUGGACUCAAGUUGCCCCAUCCUUUGUUAGAGAAGGUGAACAUCGUAGAGAUUCCCGGAAUAUUAGAAAUGCGUAAACACGUGGACCGGGUAUUCCCGUUCAACGAUGUGUGUCAAUGGUUCAUCGACAGGGCUGACAUGAUAUUCUUAGUGUACGACCCGGCGAAAUUGGACGUAGGCCCGGAAACCGAAGCAAUAUUGGACCAACUUAAAGGCAGGGAAUAUCAGACAAGGAUAUUGUUGAAUAAGGCUGACAAAAUUCGCGCCGAAGAACUGAUGCGCAUACAGGGGACACUCAUUUGGAACAUAAGUCCGCUCAUGUCCAGCGCCGAGCCCCCGGUCAUUUAUUCUGUGUCAUUGUGGUCAAACCCGUAUGAAAUCGGAUCUCCAGCUAGGCUGCUUCACUCUCAAGAACUAUCAUUCUUGAAAGACAUCCGUUCGGCAAUCGACAGACGCGUUGAAAACAAAAUAGCCAGUGCUCGACGAUUCGCGGUAAGAGUGCGAAACCACGCCAAAAUGGUGGACUGUUAUCUGACUACGUACUACAACCACAAGUCGUUCUUCGCAAACCGGAAGACCGUCAGCGACGACAUCAUAGAGAACCCACAGAACUAUCACAUCUACGAGGGCCUGAGUACGCUGACCAACAUUUCUAGAUACGACCUGCCAGAUCCAGAUGUAUACCGGGACUUCUUCCGGCUGAACCCCGUGUACGAGUUCAAGCGGUUGUCCGAUACGUGCACGUACUUCCGGGGUUGUCCGAUCAACAAGCUGGACAUGGCAAUUGCCUACGAUCUGCCCGACCUGAUCGGCCAAUACAAAAGACAAGAGGAGCAACUGGUGACGGAGGUGCCGUGAAAAUGCCACGACGGUGUUACCCGAAACCCAUCGUAUAUACAGCUGAUAUAACAUUAUAUCAUAUAAUAAUAUAUUGUUUAAUAUUCAAAUAUUAUUGUUUUAUCAAUUAUUUAUUCGUUUUCGUGUAGAAUGUUUUUUUUCUCUCUCUCUUUGAUUUAUAUUAAAUUGUUAGAUAUUAAUAUGUGUGCGUCCAAAAAAUUGUUGCCAUUUCUAAAUGAACAAAAAAGUACAUCUUAAAAACGUGACAACUGCAUUAAUAUGAUAUAAUAUCACGUAUAUUGUAUACGGUCAUCAGCGACGUGCAUUACACUAUAGACACCUCAUUACAAAUUAUAGUACUUAUAUAAUAAUAUAUAUUUUAUAUUAUUAUAAUUUACCUAUAGUAUCGUGGUAGUCUUUUUUACGACCGUCCUUUACGUUUAUUAAUUUUCGUUAAUUAUUAUUCUCGAUGGAGUAAGAUCUCGGGACCAGUGACGUGUUUAAGAUGCUAUUUUUAAGCUGGAAAUGUGAAUCCAACUGAACGAGAUGCGUAUACCAAAUAGCGGCUUCCAAAACAGUUUGCUCAUAUAAUUGGCAAUUGUACCACUCGGUGGGAGGUAACGCAUGUACAUUGUAUAUUAAUAUACAGAGUGGCUUAUGGUGUUUUCCCAAUAUCUCGCACGAUCAGCACACGGUAAAACGGGAAAACACCAUGGCCCGCCCUGUGUACAUUGUGAUUUGUGUUACACAAAUGUUUUAUGUCAACAAACAAAUUUGCGAAAUAUUACUAUGAAUAUUAUGUUCAACAUGACGUGUAUUUAUCAUCCAUAAAGUUUAAGAAAUAUUUAAUUAGAAAAUCUUAAUUGUGUUUUUUUUUCCAUUAUUAUACAAUAACUGCGGCAGGUUUACUUUGUACCUUACGCUAAAAAUCGCUAAUAGCACUACCGUCUGUAUAAUAUUAUCUUACAAAAUAGUCCAAACAGCUAGGAAAUUUAAU